GGGUGUGCUGAUGGCUUGAGGGUGAGGUAAAUCUAGAGGUACAUGGUGCGGGUCCGAGCCGUGGUGAUGGCCCGAGAUGACUCCAGUGGGGGCUGGCUGCCUGUGGGGGGCGGGGGCCUCAGCCAGGUGAGCGUAUGUCGGGUCCGAGGGGCCAGGCCCGAGGGGGGGGCCCGCCAGGGGCACUACGUCAUCCACGGGGAGCGGCUUCGGGACCAGAAAACCACCCUGGAGUGUACCCUGAGGCCAGGUUUGGUUUACAACAAAGUGAAUCCUAUCUUCCACCACUGGAGCUUGGGGGACUGCAAGUUUGGGCUGACGUUUCAGAGUCCUGCAGAGGCAGAUGAGUUCCAGAAGAGCCUGCUGGCUGCACUGGCUGCUCUGAGUCGAGGCUCGCUGACUCCCUCCUCUUCUUCUUCCUCCUCCUCCCCUUCCCAGGACACUGCAGAGACUCCCUGCCCUCUGACGUCCCACGUGGAUAGCGACUCCUCCUCCAGUCACAGCCGCCAGGAGACUCCUCCCACAGCUGUCGCUCCCAUUGCCACAGUGGAGUCAGCAGCUGCCUUCCCACCGGCCACGCCCCCGCAAAGGCGCCGCUCCUCUGCUCAGAGCUACCCUCCGCUUCUACCGUUCACUGGGAUUCCAGAACCUUCAGAGUCUCUAGCUGGGGCAGGGAGCCAGGGCUGGGGCAGCCGCGGCUAUGAGGACUACCGGCGAUCUGGACCACCGCCUCCACCUCUUGCCCUGUCUACCUGCGUUGUGCGCUUUGCCAAGACUGGUGGAUUGAGGGGCGCAGCCCUGGGUCCUCCAGUGUCACUCCCUGGCCCUCUCACAGAGGCUGUACCCCCAGCACCCCCUGCUCGUCCACCCCCAGGCCCAGGCCCCACCCCUGCUCUAGCCAAAGCCUCCCCAGAGGCUGAGGAGGCUGCGCGCUGUGUGCACUGCCGAGCUCUCUUCCGCCGCCGGGCAGAUGGGCGUGGUGGUCGCUGCGCAGAAGCCCCAGACCCAGGUCGCCUGCUAGUGCGCAGGCUCAGCUGCCUGUGGUGCGCUGAGAGCUUGCUGUACCACUGCCUGUCUGACGCCGAGGGUGACUUCUCGGACCCGUGUGCUUGUGAGCCAGGCCACCCGCGCCCUGCUGCGCGCUGGGCCGCUCUGGCUGCUCUGUCCCUGGCAGUGCCCUGCCUCUGUUGCUAUGCGCCCCUGCGCGCCUGUCACUGGGUUGCUGCACGCUGUGGCUGUGCGGGCUGUGGGGGUCGCCACGAGGAGGCUGCACGGUGAGGAUUGUUGGGCUGGUUUGGAAAUCGGUCUGAAGACCCAAAAAUUGAAGGUCCAGGACCCUGAACUCCAUACGAACCUAAAACCCAAACUUAGGUACAUCUGGAACUUGAAUGGAUUUGAGAGAUCCCAGAUCUGGUACCUGGACCCCAAACUGAGGACUGAGAUCCCCAGACCCAGCUUCAUCAGGGUGUCUGUCCACCCGAAGUCCUGAAUUCUGGAUUCUCCUUCCCUUUUUCCUACUGAAGAGACUUAGGACAUUUUCAAACAUUGCAUCUCAAGGGGCCCAGGAGCUCACAUCCCUAAGACCCAGGGAUCUUGGACCCUGACUCUUCCAAAUGCUCAACCCAGACUUCAGGUCAUGCUUGACAUUGUAAACACUCAUAUUAUGGCCCCCAAAUUAGCCAAGAGUUGCUAAAACUUGACCCUAUAUCAAAUGGCUUAGAACUUGAGACCAGAGGACCCAGAAUCACUAGAAAAUGGUCCCUGAAUUUUCACCUGAGACCUGGUAUUUGCAUAUUUAGAUGCUCUUAUAGCCCCAGGACCCAGAGACUCCAAACCCUCCUGGGUAAGAAACAUUAGGAUAGUUUGGAAUCACCAGACACUGGCCUGAAGUCCACUGAGUCCUGAAAGUCCACAGACAUUGCUUGCCAUCAGUUCAUGUGCAAGUGACCUGCAAAUUCCCUAGCACCCUAGAUUUAAAAUGCAUUAACUCCUUGGAUAUCCUCAAACAUGAGGUAUGUUCUGACCAAAAUGACUUGGGAGGCUCUUUUCAGAGCUCAGCAAGGUCCAGAUAUCAGACACCAAGAUGCUCGGGAAGCUAGGGACCAAACACCUACCCCUCAAGCCAGCCAUGAAUUUGAGUCUCAUGGGUGAGCUCUGAGGUGCCUGGUACCCUUAAAUGUGUGGCUGAAGCCACUAGCUCUAGGCCCCACAAACUGGUUUAUAGAGAUUAGCUAACCUUCCAGUUUCCCUUAGGCCUAAAUUUUAAGAUCCCAAAUAUUCUGGAAACACUGGCUUCCUUCUGCCCUCAUUCCCCACUUACCACACUGGUUGGGAGCCUGGAACUUAGAAGAUGUAGUGGUCAUGGUAACCCAGGUCCCUCAUCCCUUGACUUUCAGCCCUAGAGCAAAUCCAAUUUGCUUUAAGAGCACUGGAUCUAAGACCCUGAGAUAUCAUUGGGCCCUAGGUACAGGAAUUAAGUCCCCACAAUCUUGGGAUUCGUUUUGGCCUGACACCUUGGUCUCUUCGUACCAGAGACAUUCGGCAACAAGAUGCCCAGGAGUUCAUCACCUUUAGGCUCUAGAUGUUCUUGAAUUCAAAAUACUUCUAGACUAACGAAGCCCCCAUUUCCUCACUACCUGAUUUCCCUCCGCGCCUGCCCCCACCCCCGUAUGUCUUGCCAUCUAGAAGCUCAUAAAACUGGAAUGUCCCAGUAACGUCCAGAUUCCCACCCAUUCCCCUUUAUCCUAGGGCAGGGCACUUAUGCCAGUGUAAAUUCAGACUCCUGGAAUCCGGGACCACCCAGCAGUUUCCCUUUCCCCUCUAGGGCCUGGCUUUGCCACAGAAGAUUGUGCACAAGCUGCCAGCUCAGCAAAGGCCGGCUGCUGGGAUCAAGCAGAGACAGCAGAGGAAGGCUUACCUUUUGCACACCUGUAUUUCUGGGGCCAACAAUUGCUCCACAGAAGCCCCCCUUACCCACCCCUAACCUUACAGAUUUCCCAUAUCAUAAUCCCUAGUUCCUUCAGGUCCCUCUCCUGUGAACCUCUUCCAUCUCCACUGGGGGUCACUCUGGAAAGCUCAGUAUUAUUUUGUAGCACUUCCCCACGGAGAAGAGAGGUGCCACGGCCUCUUUUCCCUAAGUAGAGACACUAGGAUUUGGUGUCCUGGAUAUGAGAACCAAGGCUUCAGAGCCAAGAGAGUCUUGAUAGUUCAUGGGCUUAGAACCUACAUUUGGCCCUAAGUACCUGGGAAUGUGCACUUGAAUCAUUCUUCAUUACCCAGACUUGGGUGGCCUUGUGGGGAUUCAAGGGGUUAAUAUUUGUGUCACUUCCUUUAAAUUAUUAACUAUUUAUUGUAUCCGGAACCUGUGAUUUAGCUCCCUUAAGCAGACCCUGGGAUGGGUGAGAGAGAAUGGGAAAGAGGGAGUGUCCCUCGUGUCCCCAUCCUGCCUAGCUCUCAUCCAGUGUCAGACCCACCAGAGCUGAGGGCGGAGGGACUGGGGGCUGGGGCAGCCUGGGUCCCCAUCCCCUCUUUGUGCCUCGGUCUCCCCCCUUCCAUGGUAAGCGGGGGAAGCUCCAUUCUUAACCUACCUCGUUUUGGGAAGGGGUGGGGAGGGGGACCAGAGUGCUGUAUGGUGCUGUGAGACCUUCGGAUUAAGCAGAGGGGACUUGGGGAAGGUUCCCUUAGUCCCCCAUCUCCCAGUAACCCCUCUCCCAGGUCCCCCAGCCCUGUUCCUUGUUGAUACCCACCUCUGAUCCAUGAUUACCUUUCAUUGCCCCCAUAUCUGGGGUGCAUGGAGGACUGAACCCUGGGAGCCAGGAAUACCUCAGAUCCUGGAGCUCCCCAGCCCAAUUUUCCAGCUGCUUGCCCCCCAGAUUGGAUGCUUGCCCCCCAGAUUUUGGGGGAGGUACGCCAACAUUUAUCUUCCUGAUCUUGAUUCUAAGCCAGUCUGUGACCUUGUUAGUGUCAGGGCAGGCUGAAGUGGAGGGAGGACUAGGUGGGGGGCAAAGACCUAGCCUUGUCAUUGGGGGAGGGGGAGUUUGAGAUCUGCUCCAAGAAAUGUCUGUGACCGUG